AUGGGGAAGGUGCGGGGGCUGCGCGCCCGCGUGCACCAGGCCGCCGUGCGGCCCCGCGGGGAGCCCGCGCCGGGCGCCGCGCUGCCGGCCGCGGAGCCGGCCCUCCCGCAGGCCUCGGCGGGCGCGGCCGGGGGGAAGGACUGGGCAUUCGUCCAUACGGACAUCUUUGCCAAGACUCAGAUAGACCCCGGGGCCUUGGUGCAGAAGCUGGAGCUGGACCAGAAGAGUGUGGUCUCCCUGAAGAGAGGUUCGGAGGCAAAGGUCAUUUUGCCUAAGAAGGAGAAACUGAGGCUGCGGCGUGAACGAUGGCUGCAGAAAAUUGAAGCCAUAAAGUUGGCUGAGAAGAAGCUGAGAGAAGAGCGGAAACGCAGGGCCACGGUGGUCGUGGGGGACCUGCACCCCCUGAGGGAUGCCCUGCCUGAGCUGCAGGAACUGGAGGCUGGCGGCCGGCGACCAACCGGAAGCAGGGAGGCCCGCAAGCCUAGGCCAGCAGAGCUCAGCCGCAUGAGUGCAGCCCAGAGACAGAGACUGCUCGAAGAAGAAAGGAUCCGGUUUCAGGAGCUUCUGGCCAGCCCGGCCUAUAGAGCCAGCCCCCUGCUGGCCAUCGGGCAGCAGCUAGCUCAGCAGAUGCAUCUGGAAGGUGGUAGCCGGUUCUGACCAGAGGAGACACGGCGCAGACACACGCAGACUCGAUCUCUACACACUUAGCCCCUUGUGGAUAGAGCAGCCGUCCUCUGGAGUUCCUGACAAACCCACGUGUAAGUGGGACACAGCCUGUCCGGAAGCCGGAGGCAGAUGGCGAUGACCACUGCAUGCUCCUCUGCAGAGCCCAGGGCCGCUUGGGAUGUGCUGGUUGUGUGCAGGCCGGUGGGGGAGGCGAGCGAACUGGUAGCAGAUCCGAGUGGACCACUGUGGAUUUUGUGUGUUUUCUGGUCUUUGUAGGAUAACAUGAAUGACUUGGCAAUAAACAAGCGGGAAAGUG